UCUCUCUCUCUCUCUCUCUCUCUCUCUCUCUCUCUCUCUCUCUCUCUCUCUCACUCACUCUCUCACACACACACACACAGACAAGCGCGCGCACAUCCAGAUCCACUUGAGCAGUGUGGAGUUGUGUGAACAGCGCGUGGCGGAGAGAGGAGAGCGCGAGAGGAGCUCAGAUUAACACGGCUCACAUUCACGCGCUUCCUCCAGCCCUGUCCUGUCCUCGCUCGUGAUUAAAGACGGCAGAGUAACGAGGAGCGGUGCAGAUCAGAUCAGAUCAGAUCAGACGCAGAUCUUCUCGGUCAUGGCGGGGGCGAAGGCGCUCGACCUCCUGCUUGGAGUUGUGUUACUUCUGCACGCUCUUGGAAGUCUGUUCCAAAUCACCCGCGGGGAAUUAACCACACAGGGAGUUUCCUAUUCUAUGCUUCAUGGGCCGGCACAAGAUGAUGACAUCACAGUGGAAGUAUUCAGGAAGAGACGGUGGCUGUCUGAGCCGAGAAUGACCAGCAACAAAGCCAGUCAGGAGACUUCAGAGGUGGAGUCACAGGAUUCACCUGGACCACUGGAGGAUGCUGAAGCAGAUAACAGCUCCCAGAUAACGGAGGACACAGAUCACAACUAUUACACAUCAAAGACCUACGGCCCUAAUGAUCCCAUGAGCAAAGCAUUAUGGGUGAAUAUCGAUCAGAUGGACAAGGAGAAAGUGAAGAUUCAUGGAAUCCUGUCUAAUACACACAGACAAGCAGCGCGCGUCAACCUGUCUUUUGAUUUCCCAUUUUAUGGCCAUUUUCUCAGAGAGAUCACUGUGGCAACUGGAGGGUUCAUUUACACGGGCGAUGUGGUACACAGAAUGCUGACAGCCACACAGUACAUCGCCCCCCUCAUGGCGAACUUCGACCCCAGUCUGUCCCGAAACUCAACUGUCAUUUAUUUUGACAAUGGCACUGCUCUGGUGGUUCAGUGGGAUCAUGUUCACCUCCAGGACUCGUAUUAUCUGGGCAGCUUCACGUUUCAGGCCACACUACACAGUGAUGGCAGAAUUAUCUUCGCCUACAAGGAGGUCCCUAUUCAGAUCGCUCAGAUCAGCUCUGUUAACCAUCCGGUGAAGGUGGGCCUCUCUGACGCCUUUGUGGUGGUUCACAGGAUUCAACAAAUCCCUAAUGUUCGGAGGAAGACCAUCUAUGAGUAUCACCGUGUGGAGUUGCUCAAGACCAAAAUCACAAACAGCACAGCUGUGGAAAUGAUGCCACUCCCUACAUGUCUCCAGUUUAGAAGCUGUUCUGCCUGCAUCGCCGCCGAGAUCAACUUCAACUGCAGCUGGUGUCACCGACUCAACAGAUGCUCUAGUGGCUUUGACCGCCAUCGGCAGGAUUGGGUAGACAACAGCUGCCCAGAUGAGACAAAGGACAACACGUGCGACAUCAUCAACACCACCCAGUUUGGAUCGUCUACGACUGCAUCAGUGACCAAGACAUCCAUGAGGAGCAGAGCCAUUACAGAGGCGGAUUCCACCCAGCCCACGCCACCCCCACCCACCAGCAUGCCUACAGAAGAUGACACCAAGAUUGCCCUUCAUCUCAAAGACAACAGAGCUGCAGCAGCAGCACACAGCAUGGCAGAGCGGGAAUCAACCAGCAAGAAACACAACCUUCACACGGGCCUGAUCCUGACCAUGCUCAUGCUGAUGCUGGUCAUAGUGGCUGUGGUGCUGGUGACUGUUUACAUCUACCACCACCCCAGCUCAGCAGCCAGCCUCUUCUUCAUCGAGAGACGGCCGAGCCGGUGGCCUGCCAUGAAGUUCCGCCGCGGUUCCGGGUAUCCCGCGUACGCCGAGGUCGAGCCUGUCGGCCAGGAGAAAGAGGGCUUCAUCGAAGCUGAGCAGUGCUGAGAUCCUGACCUUUGACCUGCUCCCUCUUCAUACACACCAUGUAAGAACUGAAACGUCCCGCUUUCAUCGACCGUCCAAAUAGGAAACCACAGCGUGGGUAUCAAAUCAUUCCUGCAAGUAAGAGAAGUACCUGGUGGCUUAUGAUUAGUAGCACAGAAUCCGAUCCCUACAGCUUGAUGAUCAAAUGAGCCACGAGAAAACUGACCAAGGUCUGAUUCUGGAUCACAGCCCGCUCUGAGCUCUAGAUCUGAUCUAGAAAACAGCAUUCGAAAACCUCGAUCCCACUGGAACAGAUUUGGAUUCAAAGUAGAUGCAUCGUUUUUUUUUUUUCUUCUUCCUUUCACCACAGAGGAAACUCUUUUUUUGAAAACUGUUUAGAGCGUUUCGUCUCCUGUCAUGGUUUAAGAGAAUUUAUUUAGGUCUUUAUAUAUCUUUGCAAUGGGUUUUAAGGUUUUUUUGUUUUUUUUACAGUUUUAAUUAGAUGAUUGGGAGGAAUUUAGUGCAGAUCGUUGCUUGAAAUGCAGUUAUACUCGUAUAAAAUCAUUUUGUACUUUCCUUUUGUGCUACAAUUGGGAAACGUUUGCUCACUGUAUCUAACAGUGUUGCUCAACUUUUCCAUGCCUAUGACUCAUACUUGCACAAAUCUUUUUUUCAUGCACAUAUGUUUUUAUUAUUAUUAUUAUUUGUUUGGAUUGUUUGUUUGUUUUUUUUUCCCCCUUUGGUUACUAAUGCAAAGUUACAAGACAGGCGCUUGUCGAGCUUUGUCUCCUGUACGUGUCAGAAUGGAGGUGGGUCGGUGUCCGGAUGAAUUUUCUUGUCUGUUGAUUUAUAUUUUCGAUCGGUUUGCAAUGGUCUCAUCUCUUUUCCUGUGACACACUGCUCGGAGACGCCUUCCAUCCUAUCGCAAAUGUCCGUUUUGCUAUUCGGUAUCGAUUCCUAUUUCAACUGCUUCAACACAGUACACGCGAUAGACAUGCCACAUAAAUGAGAAUAUAUAUUUGAUAUCUGUCCAUAUGUACUUACUUGUAUUAACCUAGAAGUAUAACAGUGUUUAAACGGUAUCAGCUGUGUUCUCAUGAUACGAGUGGAGAGUUUCGCUUCAAAUCAUACCACAAAAUCCUUCAGGUUCACGCUGCAGUUCACGCAUUCUCCCUAUCCGAUCAGAGAAAUAGAUUUCUAUUCAUGUAGCAUAAAUGCUAAACAGCGGCUAGAAUCGCAGCACUUCAUUUUUCAUUUCUUGUUGCGAGUGUUUUACUGUUUUGAAGACCAAAGACCCAUAUCACUGCAUCAAAACUACUGUUCCUUAUCUUUUUCCCUCACACACACACACACACACACACACACAGAGGCAAGGAUUAAGACAAAAGGAAAAGGCUUCUGAAACUACACAGUAGACUCAGGUCCAGUUGGAAACAUGUUCGUGUGAAUUACAGAGGAAACCAGACGGACAAAUAAUAACAAUAACAAUGCAUUACGGAUGCAGAAAUCCCCCAUGGUUGCUUGUUUUACACAACCAAUGCAGAUAAUAGUUCACGAACCAUAAUAUUUAGGUAAAAAUGAUUUACGAGAACGCAGGAAAGACGCCGAGGCCUUCUAUUAGUUUGUGGUGGGGGUUUCCCUUUUGUUUAGGUUUAUGGUUUGUUUGUUUUUUCCUGUAUCACUGGACUCAUUUGACGAAUUUCAUCCAGCCUGAGCGUGUGCGAGUAUGGGUGUGAGUGUGUGUGAUUCUUACAUGAAUGACUGUUUGACAGAUGAGGAAAAUGUUACUUUUAACAGCAGGCCAUGCUCUCAAAGUCAGGAUUUUUCACAAUAACAGUCCUCCGAGAGCUGCUGCACUAGUCGAUGCUGUAACUCUGUGUGCUCCUCUGUAACUACUGUCAUUUUGAUUGCAUUUUAAAUCAAUAAAGUUGUUUAAACAAG